CCGCGCGGAGAAGAGAUUGCGUGUUUUUGGUUGCUUCAACUCCAACCCGAGGAGUGUCUCCAGCGCAGUGAUAAUCGCUCUUUGCUAGUCGUCGCCACGGCCACGCACAGGUUCUUCCAGCUUGAGUCUGGAAACAGUCAGUGGUAGGUACCCUAAGUAGUUAUUCUAUCAGUGUCCUGUUCUGUGUUUCAAGGAAGACGGUCAGUGGGGCGGUGGGAAACAGUUCCGUGUCUCUUUCGAGAACCAUUCGUGGGGCUUAUCUGGAAACCGAUGCAGUGCGAAAAAAAAUUGUGCUCCAUCCGAAGUAGCAGCAAAAGUUCCAAGUCCACCGUCAUUCAAGUUUUGCUUCGUCGUGAGUGCUGAAUAAUUCGGUGUGUUGGUGCGCGAAAUUCUGUUUUACACUAGUGGCAAAAGUUCAGCCUUGUUUUAUUUCUACUGAGAGUGAAAAAGUUUGGUGAUUUGGAAGAUUAUCCGGUUGGGUGGGAGCACGAAAAGAAUCUUGAAAGUAUCAAGUGCAGGUGAAAUUUUGAGUAUUUCCGGUACGGUGGAUUUAUAAAGUAAGGGAGCAAGCAGUAGAAUUCAAAACAAUCGUUUUGCCAACAUCUUUCCUCGAAUUCGUCAUUACUGCUGUUACAAUCGGGUCAGAUAAUCAGACGUACUGCAGAACUCGAAUUAUCUUGGGUUGUUCGCGAAGGAUCGAUGUGGACUGUAUCGUAGAAGAUUCCGAAAGCCAAACUGUAAAUUACGUUGGUUCUGUUAUUGAAAAUUGAACGAAAACACCCAAACGAUUUGUUUGCAUUGUGUUACACAUGUUCAGGUAUUCAAGCAAUUAUUCCGUUAGCCUGGAUGAGGUCCGAGUUAUAGAAUCAGUCUAACUAGCACGGCGGCAACCUCAGUUAAACAAGUUGAUAGAAUUUGCAAUUCGGGGAAGAAGCUGCCCGGUUCAACAUUAGAAAACAGUUGAAGUGAAAACCACGGCCAUGAGCGCAGGAAGCAGCAGUGUUGGUCAAUCGGCCUCCGCCAGUGCCGUCUCGACGCCAAUCAAUGCCGGUGCGCGCCCGGAUUCGGCCCCGGCAUUCGGAUCGUCGCACGCCGUCUCGCAUCAGGCCUCGACGCCACCGAACACGUCAUCGUCCGCCAGCGGUGGAAAAUUUCUAGAUCCCCGUUCGGCCGAGGAGAAGAAGUUCCGCCGGACGUCGCUGCUGGUUCCGCUGCACAAGCUGCCCUCGUGCGAGAGUCUCAGCCUCAGCCCGGGACCGUCGUCUCCAGGCAUCUCGGGAUGGAACGACAGCAGUCCAAAGAUUGAGGCCGGCUUCCCAUCAGAUAAGCAAUCUAACAACGAUUCCACCAAAUUAAAUCGCAAAGAAUCCUACAAAGCACAACGAAAAAACUACCGCCGCGAAAAGAAACGGGUUGCAUCUGAACUAUUGAAUUCACUCCAGGAUCCCGCUGUGAUUGUGUUAGCCGAUUGGCUGAAGAUCAGAGGAACUCUAAAAUCGUGGACAAAGCUAUGGUGCGUUUUGAAGCCAGGAUUGCUGUUCAUCUACAAAAGCCCCAAAACGAAAAGUAGUCACUGGGUGGGCACAGUCCUACUAACGUCCUGCCAGGUUAUCGAACGACCCAGUAAAAAAGAUGGCUUCUGUUUCAAGCUAUUUCACCCGAUGGAUCAAACCAUAUGGGCCCCACGGGGCCCAGACAAAGAGACAAUGGGUGCCGUCGUCCAACCGUUACCCACAUCCUACCUCAUAUUCCGUGCUCCCAGCCAGGCAGCCGGAAAGUGCUGGAUGGAUGCCCUGGAACUAUCACUGAGGUGUUCAGCCCUAUUGGUACGAUCUGUACCCAUUAUAGACACCAACACCAUUGAAGGAGCCACCAGCACCCACGAGACCCAGUGGUCCGAGGCGGACUACGAGAAGCACUUUGACGAGCAUGUUCCCAAACUGAAAGAGCACCUUAACUAUCUAAUGAAGUACCUCCCGCCGUCCCCGCCUGGCAAAAAUAACCUUCACGUAGAACCUAUCGAAAAGUCCUUCCACCGUAGUCCUUGUCCCUCGCCGACCCCGAUCUUUCAGCAGCUCUACCUGGCGGUGGCUCACUGGGAGCGAUAUCUGCGUGAUUCGCCUGACUUCCUUCGCUAUCUGUCGACGGAAAGUGGUGUCGAGCCGCAGUCCGGAGCAGUGACACCAGCCGGAAUUGACGACGAUGUUUUCGACGAGGACGGAACUAUGCACUCCGUAGAAAGAAGACGGGGUUCACUUCAGGUCGCAUUUCCGCUCGUAUCCGGUAACGGGAAGUGGGAGUAUUCCGACGAAGAGCGCCAUCGUCGGCGAAGCAGUCCAGCCGAGUUCAACAAGGAGUGCGGAACCAGCGGGAUCACGAUUCGGAUUUCCGACGAUCGAUAUUUGGAUAUCGACAGUCAGCCGGACCAAGGGACGUUGGUCAUGUCGGCCGGUGAAUCCGACUCGGAAUCGGACAUGGGCGAAGGAAUGGAAGUGGAGGAGUUUCCGGAGACGGCUUAUGUACAUUCAUCCGAGGAGGAGUUCGGAGCGGCGGGCGAGCAGGUGGAGGAACUGCCCGAGGAGCAUAAGAGCUUGAUAUGGUUUCUGGUCAAACAGGUGCGACCCGGUAUGGAUCUGAGCAAGGUGGUGCUGCCGACGUUCAUUUUGGAACCGAGGUCGUUUUUGGACAAACUAGCUGACUCGUACUAUCAUGCGGAUAUUUUGUCAAAAGCCGUCCUCGAGGACGAUCCGUUCACCCGCAUGAAAACCGUAGUCCAAUGGUACCUGUCCGGGUUCUACAAAAAGCCCAAGGGUCUCAAAAAACCGUACAACCCUAUCCUAGGGGAAACGUUCCGGUGCUACUGGCAGCACGACAACGGCAGCCGGACGUUCUACAUUGCCGAGCAGGUCUCGCACCAUCCACCGAUUUCCGUAUUCUACGUCACGAAUCGGCAGGAUGGAUUCUGCAUCAGCUGCAGCAUUCUGGCUAAGUCCAAGUUCUACGGAAAUAGUACUUCGGCGAUCCUAGAGGGAGUAGCUACGUUGACUUUGCUGCCACGGGGCGAGAGCUACACUCUGACGGUGCCGUACGCCCACUGUAAGGGUAUUCUGAUGGGAACGUUGUCCAUGGAACUGGGCGGAAAGGUGUCGGUCGAAUGUGAAAAUACGGGUUACAAAACGGAGCUGGAAUUCAAGCUGAAGCCGUUCCUGGGAGGCAACGAGUACACCAACCUGCUCACCGGGAAGCUCAAGUUGGGUAAGGAAACGUUGGCCACGAUAAACGGCCACUGGGAUGGGGAAAUUAAAAUUAAGGAUUCACGCACCAAUGAAGAAUCGGUGCUGUUCAAUCCAACGACGGAUAUCCGUGCCAAACGAUUGAAACGCUUCACGGUACCGAUGGAAUCGCAGGGUAUGACCGAAUCGGAACGACUUUGGCAACACGUGACGGCAGCCAUCCGGCGCGAUGACCAGGUGGGUGCGACCGAAGAAAAAACAGCAUUAGAGGAAGCGCAACGAAUGUCCGCGAAGGAGCGGAAAGCUACCUGCGCCGAGUGGAUCCCAGCAUUUUUCCAGCAGGAUCUGGUCACUGGACAGUAUCACUACAAAUAUGCCGAUCUGCGUCCGUGGGAUCCCCGGAACGACCUGCGACAGUAUGAGAGCAACUAUCGGAUCCAAACCAAGACCCGCCAUCAGGCUCCGAUGGUCAGGACGGCGUCAGUUGUCAGCACCGAACCGCUGAGUAUUCUGCAGGCAGAUUCACGCGGUUCGCUGCGCAAAGGCCGCAUGGUCGUUGCCGGUACGGUCUUGAAAGCUCGCAAAAUCUCAUCUAACACAUCCACCCCGGAUCUGAACGAUCCGAACUCGGACUCUAGUCACUCGAACGAUCAUGACAUUAGCAUCUCCAACACAAGGGUAAUGCACUCACUGGAGGACAUCAACAAGAAGCUGGAGGAACAUUCGAAAAAGUUGUCUAAACUGCAGCUGGAUAUGGACAAAAUUCACUGGGCACCGAAGCCCAGCCAGAGUCAGGGCGGAAUCUUGUCACCUACAGGUCUGAAAGCGAUUGCGUAUGGAGUGAUCGGGCUGUUGAUACAGGUCCUGGUGGCGUGGUUCCUUACGAAGCGUUCCCUGGCCAGCGCAGGCGGUAGUGCUUCUGGGAGUGAUGGCGGUGGUGCCAGUAGGUCGUAAGUGAUGCUUUAGUUCUAAGUUUGUCACGUUGAAUUCCUGUUCGAGCACAGGAUGAAGAUUAAUUCGAACAAGAUAUUUUGAACAAUGGGAGCGGCAUAAGGACACACAUCACCUAAAAGGUUGCCAGUGUCGAUAAAUUUUGAUUUUGGACGAAGGAAAAUAGCUUGUAAAGUGAUUAAGAAUAGUUAUUCAGCAUUAACGAACCGGAAUGUUUUUUUUAGAAACUUAAUGAACUUUUCAAUUGAUAGUCAGAUAUUAGUAUUCGGACACCAGAACCAUAGUCACGUGCGCUUUUUACUGUGUGAGUAAUCCCAUUGGAGUUUUUUUCCAUGUGUCGUUGAUAAGUGGUUGCCUUGUUUCUUUCUUAAGUUUUAUUUUUGAGAAUUUUGUUUACAGAAUUUUAUUUUCUUGGUACCAUGUAUCCAAUGUUGAAUUGAUUAUUAUCUCGAACAGGUAUUGGCGGCACAUUCUCAUAUUUCAAUAAAAUAAAUGUGAAUUUUUCGAUUGAUUUAAAUUGAACCACAUAUUUGCUGGCAAAGUUUAAGGCUCCUGCUAACUUCCACAAGUUGUCGGAUUCUCAUUAGUUAAUCUGUGUUUUAGUUUGUUUUAUUUUGAUGAUCUUAGUUUAUGGAUUAUAUUGAUUAUGGGUAAUGGAUAGGGUUUUCCAUCAAAUUUUGAAUUAUCGGUAAAGCGAUUACUGAUCAUUUAUUGGUUUCUAAAUUGUACCCGUUGGAGAGUUAUUACCACAUUCAAUGUAUGACGCCUUGAUAACGCUACAAAGCUUUAGUUGAAACUCCAACCAAUUCAAACCUCGUACACUCAUUUACCUUGCACAAGCUAACCUCUGCGCAUGCCCUCACCUAAACCCAAAAAACGUCCAGAUGCAUAGUCAAAGUUUAGUGAAAGCUCCCCUCCAUUAUUAUAGCACCAUAAACACAUCCGCACAAACUUUUGCCUGGCACGGAAAAAGUUGUCCAAAGCACACCAACUGCUAUUAUCCCACCCGCACACCUCUCGAAAUGUGAAUUAAGUCUUACAUUCCGAAUACUAUGGCUGUUGAUAGAAACACGAAAGCAGAUAAAAAGAAACAUCAACACUGUGACAAAACGAUCUGCUUAAUUGAUAUCAUUUACUCGCACAGAGAACCGAACUAAACAAUUAACAAAACAAAUUAUGCAACUUUUAGCUAAUUAGUCUAGCUGAUAAACGAUCCAAAUCGGUCGGAAAUAUUUUUCGCAAGUCUAUCGAAUGCAAUACUAAUGUACACUAUUCUUAUACUAAACCUAGAACUAACUUUGGAGCAUUGUUGAUUGGAAAGGGACACUCUUGAAUAUGGUAGACGACGCGAAUCGAAGGAAACUAAAAUCAAACCUUUUUAUACUUAAUUCAAACCCAUCGGGUGCGGUUUAAUAGUUGGGGAUCAAAUAUUUAAAUUUAAACGAUAUUAUGUCCCGGUUUAGGUUUCAUUUGUGUCAUCCGUCAUCGACGGGAUGAGAACGGCGGUGUAUUUUGUGUCCUACUUUGAAUCGAAUGUUUUGUGUAUUUUGUAAGGUGUACAGAAAAAAAGGCCAUUGUGGUAAAUUUGUAUUUAAUUAAGUCAAAACUUUGGAAAGUUUGUCCUUUUAUAUUGCUUGUGAGAGUUUUGGUGUAUUAAUUUAAGUGAGAAUAAUAUCGGACCGUUAGAUAUCACAUCUUAUAAUUACCUAAAUGCAAGUCACAUCAAAUUUCCCCGGCAACCCGAUUAUCACGUACUAAGGAAUGUUUGUAUUAGAUUAUUUGGAACAGCAUGGCGUUGUUUGAAUGUUUAAAAUCAGAAUCGGUUUGUAAAAAUAUUUAUUCAAAAUCAAGUCAAGUUAAAAAAACAACAAGGAAACAAAUCGAUCAUCAAUCAAGGUUCAACUUAUACAAACAACAAGCAGUUGGCUAGUUCAGCAAUGAUAAAUUUAAUUCAAUCAUUAAUUAAUAUAUUGAAUCAAAGUUAAUACAAACUGUUGCUAACAAACAAAUAAAAAAUAAAUUUCCGCUAAAAACUGGGAUAGGAGGUGAUUAUCAGAAUAAAUUAUAAUUGAGAUGAAUUGUUGAUGAGACGAAUAAAAUUAAAAACUGGUUACAUUGAAA